AUGGAGCCAUUUUCAAAGAUAAAAGAUGUUACGGUUCAUAUUCACCUGGAUCCGGAAGCUAAACCGGUUUUCCAACCGAUGAGACGAGUACUGGUGGUGUUAGAGGAAGCGGUCAAUAGGAAGUUGAGAGAGCUGAUGGAUCGAGAUAUCAUUGAAGAGAAGAAGGAACCAGUAAGCUGGGUGUCACCUUUAGUUGUGGUUGGCAAGAUGAAUGAUGAACCUCGAAUUUGUCUUGAUUUGAGACGUUUUAAUGAGGCCGUUCUGAGGGAUAGACAUCCGAUGCCAUUGAUCGAGGAUCUACUGGCUCGGGUUGGUCCAAACAUGCUGCGCAGUAAAUUAGAUGUGAAAGAUUCCUUCUUACAAAUCGAGCUGGACGAAGCCUCAAGGAAUGUAAUGGUUUUCCUGACCGGGCGUGGACUAUAUCGAUUCAAACGGAUGCCGUUCGGGCUAGUCACGGCUCCAGAGAUCUUCCAGAAGACAAUGGACGAAAUCUUAUGCGGGUGUGAGGGUACAUGGUGGUACAUAGACGACAUUUACAUUGAAGGAAAAAACAAGGACGAAUAUGAGACGCGGGUUGCCAAGGUAGGGUAG